AUGGGUCCAACUCGUCUUGUUGCGAGUUGCGACACACCCAAGUUCUCUGCCCCCUCCCGCAGAGUCGCAGCAGUCCCAAAUACGUGCUACCUAGGUCGUACGCCCCAAGAGCCUUCUCGCUCCUCGAAAUACCACGGUUCUUCCUCUUCUCCUUGUCUGAGAUCCCGAGCCGGGAUGGGAGAAGCCAAGGACGCCGAGGUGUACGAGGAGGAUCUCGUCGACUACGAUGAGGAGGUGGAGAACGCCGUCGACGGCGCAGCCGCCAACCCUUCCGUCGACGUCGUCAAGAAGGGUUACGUGGGAAUCCACAGCUCAGGGUUCAGGGACUUCCUGCUCAAGCCAGAGCUGCUCCGUGCGAUCCAGGACUGCGGGUUUGAGCAUCCUUCCGAAGUGCAACAUGAAUGCAUCCCUCAAGCCAUUCUCGGAAUGGAUGUCAUCUGUCAAGCAAAAUCUGGGAUGGGCAAGACUGCUGUUUUUGUCCUCUCAACUCUCCAGCAGAUUGAUCCGGUUGCUGGGCAAGUAGCUGCACUUGUGUUAUGCCAUACACGAGAGUUAGCAUACCAGAUUUGCAAUGAAUUCGAGAGGUUUAGCAAGUACCUGUCAGAAACAAAAGUUGCUGUCUUCUAUGGUGGCGUUCACAUAAAAAAACACAAGGAUUUGUUGAAGAAUGAAUGUCCUCACAUUGUGGUUGGCACACCUGGAAGGAUCCUAGCUCUGGCUAGAGACAAGGACCUUUCAUUGAAGAAUGUGAGGCAUUUCAUUCUUGAUGAAUGUGACAAGAUGCUUGAUUCACUUGACAUGCGUAGAGAUGUCCAGGAGAUCUUCAAGAUGACACCCCAUGAUAAACAAGUGAUGAUGUUUUCAGCAACACUCAGCAAGGAAAUUCGCCCGGUUUGCAAGAAAUUUAUGCAAGAUCCCAUGGAAAUUUAUGUUGACGAUGAGGCUAAACUGACCCUUCAUGGUCUAGUUCAGCACUAUAUUAAACUAAGUGAGGCGGAGAAGAAUCGGAAAUUGAAUGAUCUCUUAGAUGCGCUCGACUUCAACCAAAUUGUGAUAUUUGUUAAAAGUGUUGGUAGAGCUUCAGAACUUAACAGGCUGCUCUGUGAAUGCAAUUUUCCUGCGAUCUGCAUACAUUCGGGAAUGACACAGGAGGAGAGGCUGACCCGGUAUAAGAACUUCAAGGAAGGGCACAAGAGGAUCCUUGUGGCUACGGAUUUGGUUGGCAGGGGGAUUGAUAUUGAGCGUGUCAAUAUUGUCAUAAACUAUGACAUGCCUGAUUCUGCUGAUACAUACUUGCACAGGGUUGGAAGGGCUGGGCGUUUUGGAACCAAAGGGCUUGCAAUAACAUUUGUUGCUUCUGCCUCUGACUCUGACGUCCUCAAUCAGGUGCAAGAAAGGUUUGAGGUUGACAUCAAGGAGCUGCCUGAGCAGAUCGACACUUCAACAUACAUGCCAUCUUGA